CCGCAAUAUAACAUCAAUGACGCUGAUUACCCGAAGCCUUUUGAACAGGACGGCAUCUGAAACUUCUACUAUUUUCAGACAAAAAAAAACUUUGUACAGUGGUAGGGAUAACGUCCUUGGUUUAUAAUGUUUAAAGGAAGGCAUGUUGAUAUAACUUGCGACAUCAACACAUAGUGGUUGGAGGAGAUAUGUUUGAUUGCACUGAUCACACUUGUAACACUUAACGUUAUCUAUAAAUUCAGGCUUAAAAAUUUCCAUGAUACUGAGAUUUAAAAAUCGAUUUAAUUUCGAUUUUAAUUCAUUGAGAUUGCAGACAAUCAAGGAGCUUUUAUCAACCCUCCUUGAGACGAUGCAAUACAUGGCAAACCCAGCAGGCAGCUUGGCUGAUGUUGGGUGACAACACAUAACGUUACAUGCAUUCACACUUCUCAUAUUUCCUAUCUUCGAUCUGGACAUGAAUGGUCAAUGUACAGGAAUCGACUUUUGAAACGCUGUGUGGCCUUCACUAGAUUUGUCGGAUCUCCGAUACUCGACUCAUGACGACACUUUAAUGCAUGAAUGAAUGACCCUUACAUUUUGCUUGACUACAUCUUUCGACCUUUGACCCCUCACCUGGUGUUAAGUUGUACACUCACCUGCCACCUGGCGUUCAUGUUAGUUAUUCCGUCUGUACCAGCGUUAACCGUACUACGAAAUAAGCAACGUUUGUCUUUUCGACAAUAGUGGCAUACUAGGGGAUUUUCUGCGGGCUAAAUGCUCAUUGUGAACAGCCGAGCAUGGCCGUGAUGACAGACGUGCACGAGGCAGCGGCGAUAGGGGAUAACGACACGCUGGAGGAGAUGGUGGACAGUGGGCGGGACAUUAACGUCAAGGACCCGGAGUGGGACGACAGGACUCCUCUACACUGGGCGGCUUACAAAGGCCACGGAGAGAGUGUCCGCUUGUUGCUAGACAGCGGUGCGAAGCCGUACAUGAGGACGACCACUGGCUGGACGCCGGCGCACUUUGCCGCGGAGAUGGGUCGUCUCAGCAUCCUCCGCGUCCUGCACUCCAUGAACGCACCGAUCGACAGAAAGGACCAGUUCGGAGACACGCCCCUCAGACUAGCAGAAAUCUACGGACAUAAAGAAUGCGUGACAUUCCUUCAGAGUGCCACACAGGAAGUUGCAGAAAAGAAUCGACAAGCAAUCAGGAAAGGGCUGUCCAUCAUUGAGGAAGACGACGAAGAAUGGAUGGCGACGCAGAAGAAAAAGGGCAAGAAUCAGAAUUCAAACUCCCCAGACGAUGAAAGGUCAUUGGACAGCUUUAGGAGAUAGCCUUCAGUUACUUGCUCUUCAAUCAUUACAAGGAAUUUUUUGUUGUAAAAUUAAUGGGUGUAUUUAUUUUAAGCUCUAUAUAUGUAAAGUAUGUUGAGCUCUAAGCAAUAUAUUAUAGAAGAAUUUAACUCCAAUGUAUUAGAAGUACCAAACGAAUUACAUGUAUCUUCUCUGCAUAUUACUGGAGAGGAUAUGGUGAUGAGAACAUACAGAAAGGCAAAAUGUACGGCAUUAGCCAACAAAUGCACUUUAACUUAUAUAUCCCGUGUUUGUUCCUAAAAUUGGUUAUGCAAUUACAUGAUGAUGAUGAAUUACAUUUAAAAAGUAUCAUGUAUAUGUAUGUAGUGCUAUGCCUAUGAAGAAGACCUAGUUAAGAAGCAUUGCGUGCCUCUGAGAAUACAUAUGUAUGUGUAGAUAUGCUUCUAUGUUUAUGAGGAUUGGGAGACAUAUAUUUCCCAAAGUCACCAGACAUCCAUGGAACAUUUUGCCUUCAUAUAAAUGUUUGUGUACAUACAUCUGUGUUAUCUGUAGUAAUGUGUUACUUUGUGGCCUCAUUUUCAUGAGGUGACUUAGGCAAACACCAACCCAGCAAUAUGUAUGCUGCUAGCAUUUCCUGUAUUUCUUGUCAAGUCUAACAAGUUCAUGGCCAUUGUCAA